AUGUCUCACAAAACCUACGAUUCCGAAUGGAAACAAGUUCAACAAUUACUAGCAGAAACGCUUCAGAGCGAAGCUGUGCAAGUAGACAGAAGAGAACAGCGCCAAUUACUGUCCACUCUCUACGUCAGAUACAUUUUAGUAUCAAACGUUCUUUCGGAAUGUGUAGAUCAAAUGGUGCAACCGCAAAAACGAAGACUAAUUCGAAAACUGUUGGAAGCAACACUAGGAAGGAUCCUCGAGCUCAAGUACGACCUCGUCGAAGCAGAUCUCAGCGAGUGGACCCACUGUGGCGAUGUCCUCGAACAACUAAAACUAACACCUGAACAAAGUGAACUGAAAGUCCCUUCGUGUUUCCGAAACGAGCGCCGAAAAGAAUUACAAUAUCAGAAAAAUUUAAUAGAGAGCGUGUUAGGCAAAUUGGGUUUCCUUGAUAAACUAGAAACCAAACCACCAAUGACUGAACAGCAAGCAAUUCUGAUUAUCCAAGUCCACGAAAGAGCAAGACAAGGCCGACUCAGAGCACAAUUCAUGCGAGAAAUUAGAAACAUGAAAGAGAAAACUAAACCAGUGGUGGGUGAAGAGGAUGAUGAAAACGAACAAAGGGGAGGAAUUAGCUUACCCGCAGCUUUGCGUAUCCAGAAAAUAUGGAGGGGGUAUGUGGCUCGGAGGGCCACUCGACGCAGAAAACUGCAAGAAAUGUUGUUGAUUGGGAUGAUACCACCACCGAAGACUCAAAGUGCUGAAAUACUCAAGGAUUUAGAAAUUAAAGAGUAUCGACGACGUUUACAGGAAGAAAGACAGUUAAAGUACGAAAAUGAUGUGAAGAAAAGCAGAGAACACAUGGAGAAGUACCAAAGAGGAGUUGUUUUGGAACAGUUGAGUGACCAAGUGAGGGGCUGGUUGCACGAGUAUAAGACACAAACUGGGAAAAUACCGGAGUAUACAGGAUCUGAGAGAGCUGCUUCAAGAUUAUUGUUUAGUAGACAAGGUACGGACAGCGAAUUGAGCAAAUCUACCCAAAUUUCAUCCAAAGAUUCGAAAACAAAAAAAGAUAAGGGUCCAAAACAGAAAGAAGCCAAGCAAGAAGGUGAAGAAGGAGAGGAAGUUAGUACUAAAGCAAUGGUUUCUGCGUUUGUGCCUGAGUUGAAUGCUCGCAAAGAAGAGUACGAUGAAAUUUGGAAAAAUAAAGACGAAUCGGAAAAUCCCAAACAAUUCCAUUACAUGAAUAUAAUAGAACAUGAGCAAAUGACUAAUAUGGAAAAUGAACUAAGGAAAGUGGUUGACGAAAUGAUGAAAGGAGAAUUAUUAUUGCUGCAGGAAGCUAUGGAUAAAGAUCGAGGUCAUAAAGGAAAAAAGAAAAGUAGUAAAAAGACUAGAAAAGGAGGCAAAAAGGGAAAGAAGAAAAAAGAAAAAGACUUGACUCCCGACCGAACCACAGAAUCACUUUUUGAAGAAUUAGUAGCAAAUGGAAUUAUCAAAAAGUGUCCAGAUGUUUAUUUGGAUGACUUCAAAGGGGAGCGUUCUUACAGCUAUCCUGUCGUUUACAACAAAGGGAGUGAACGACCGAUCGCUCUCGGAGAUAUGAGACAAAUUGUAGCAGAAUACUGUGUGCUACCACUUCUUUCUCCCCAAUUACAUCAAACUACUCCACACAUAAAGUCAUUAAUGAUAGCUGGACCCAAAGGAAGUGGCAAGGAUAUGCUAAUCCACGCUGUAUGCAAUGAAGCAGGAGCAGUUCUUUUUGACUUGACUCCUUCCAACAUUGUGGGAAAGUAUCCCGGAAAGUCAGGAUUGACAAUGUUAAUUCAUUUGGUGGUCAAAGUAUCAAGACUGUUGCAACCAUCGGUCAUUUACAUGGACUGCGCCGAAAGACCUUUCGUCAAGAAAAUUCCAAAAACGGACAAAACUGAUCCCAAACGACUUAAAAAAGAUCUGCCAAAAAUUGUGAAAAAUUUCAGUCCUGAAGACAGAGUAAUGUUGAUAGGCGUUUCAAGCUGCCCGUGGGAAAGUGACCAAAAAUUACUUCAACAAGUGUACCAGAAAUUUAUUCUCGUUCCAAAACCUGAUUACAGCUCACGGUAUUGUGUUUGGAGUUAUCUUUUGAGCAAAUAUAGUGCCAUAAGUUGGCAAUUCGACACCAGUGUUGUCAGUAAGAUAUCCGAUGGCUUCACUAUCGGCUCAAUUGUAAGCACUUUUGAGGAAGUCAUGACAAUAAAAAGAAUGUUGCAACUGAGAGUCCAUCCAUUGAGUCCUUUAGAACUCGUCAAUGUGUUGUGUAAGAAAACACCGAUUUACAAAGAAGAGGAAGAAGCAAUCGAAACUUGGUGGUCGAAAACACCACUCUGUCGAAGACGGGCACGAGCUGUUGAAAUUUUGUUAGAAGAAGAAGCAGAGCUUCAAGCUAAACAAGCAAGCACUAAAAACUAAUUAAACCUUCAUAUUUGCUCCUGUUAAUAAAAAGUGUGUAUGAUUUAUACAAGUUGUUCCGUUUUUAUAUUCCAUAAUUUUUCACAAAAAAGAGGCAUUUUUUCGAUACAACUUACCCUUUUUGAGUAAAAUUAGUUUACAAUUUGUCUUACAGACCAUACAAAGAAAAAAAUUAAAAAUGAAAUUUGUUUUAUCGUUUAAGAUGGCCGUGAGUGAAAAUUUCGACAUCUGAUCUUUGAAUUCGUUCAGGUGUUGAAAGGUUUCUUGGCAGUACCAACUUUUGUAAUUUUAUCUGUCUUGCAGUAGUGGUAAAUCACUUUUAGGGGGUGUAGCUCGCUUACAUAACAUUUGAUACAUGUUUAUAGAAAACUUUUGUCCUAAAACUGAAUAUUCUAUCACCUGUUUAAAUUUGUAACAAUAAAAACGGAACACCCUGUAUAAUUUCAAUUAAGUAAUAAAACAAUUUUUUUUUGUAUACGCUCCGGAAAAUAGUUGUCCUAGAGACUUAUUUGAGUCCCUAAAAGGAGUCUUUUCCUGACUCAAUAAAAUAGUACGUUAAAUGGUUAAUUUAAGAACUCAUCAGUCUCCAAAAAGAGUUUUUCCGGACGAAAAAGUCAAUUUGGUUACCAUGGUGACAAUUUUUUUUUAUUUAAUAAGAGGUGUAAAUUCGUUUUUUGGGAGCUUUGACAAAAAAUGUUGUUUGUAAGACGUACAGUUAAACAAAGUGAAAAUGACGCUUUAAUAAAUCAGCCCCGACCCUUCUAAU